AAUGUGAGUGCAGGAGCAGAAAAGGUACUGGAGGAUGGAGAGGUAUCUGAACUCCAUUUAAACAGGUCAGUAACAUGACUUUCAACCCACUCCCCUCAGGGCAGGGGCGGGGAGAGAAAUAAUCAGGAAUGAACAAACUCAGAGACCCUUUCUGCUCAUAGAAGGGAAGGGUCAGGCCUGCAGAGAUCUCAUGAUGCCUUUCACUGAACUAGUUAAACAUCUAAAGUUAGAACCUGUAGCCACUGCUCUUCUCCUGAUCUGACUGGAAGGUUUUAGAAACCCCUUCAAAAGAGGAAGAGAAGUGGGCCAAUAGAAUAACAAAAAAGAGACAGGCAGAAAAAAUCAGGAAAUGCCAGUGAUAAAAAGGAAAAGAGGGAAAGCAAAAACUGAAGGGCAGAAAGAAGCAGAGUAGGAGGAAGAGAGUGGAUUCAAUACACAGCACAGAAGCUGCUCCUUCUCCUGGCCACUGGACUGGUGAGGAUGAACUGAAAGUAGAUAGGACAAGAAGACUCCAAGCAGCUUGAAACACCAAGAGGCCACAGAACCACCUUACAGGGAUGCACAACUCAGACAUGAUCUGCUUUGUUGUAGGAAGUUUCUUAUGGCUCCCCCAUGUGAGAGGUGAGGAAGGCUGCCUUAACAAUGAACACUGUUCAGGUACAGAAUGGGACCGUCUGUGGUAUAUCUGGCUGGUGCUGGUGGUCGGGGGGCUCCUGCUCCUGUGUGGCCUGGUCUUUGUCUGCAUGAGGUGCUGCUUCCAGUGCCAUCAGACAGGGGAUGAGGCGGGCCCCCAGCCCUAUGAGGUCACCGUCAUUGCGUUUGACCAUGACAGCACCCUCCAGAGCACCAUCACUUCUCUCCACUCAGUGUUUGGGCCUGCUGCCAGGAGGAUAUUAGCCGUGGCACACUCCCACAACGCUGCCCAGGGAACCCCUCCCCUCUCUGCAUCAGACACCCCUCCAGUCUACGAAGAAGCUCUGCACAUGAGCAGGUUCACCGUGGCCAAGGCGGGGCAGAAGGUGCCAGACCUGGAUCCAGUGCCAGAGGAAAAGCCACAGGUGCCCACCGAGUGCAAGGACACCCAGCCAGACCUCCCAGGACACUGAUGGAUGUCUGGUUUUACUGAUACCAAAAAAUACAGGAUAGUUGCAUGCAGAGACUAAUUCAGGUGGGGAGGGAUUUAAGAAUUUGAGAUUAACUUCCUUAGUCAAUUGAGAAAGGGGGGUAGGGCAGGGGAAACAACUAAAAUUCCAAAUAUUUUCAGAUCUAGCAUAGUCUAAUGGCUCUUUUUGACACCUCCUUCAGAUAAUUUGCAUUCUCCAAGCCCAUUCAUUACAUGCACACAACACUAGAAUCACACUUUGCACAAAUAAGCAGGCAGCAGGAUCAAGGUGCUGAGCCAUUUUGUAGGCUAGUGAUCUGCAGGGUGCCUGCAGAUGGAGUCUCAUUCCUCUUGCCUUUAGCCUAAGUUUCCUCAGGAUGGCAAGAGAUCUUCAAAGCAGGGGGAGAAAAUAAAAUAAAAAAAGAAAAACAAACAAACAAAAAAAGACAUUUUCAAGAGUCUAUUACAACCCAAUAUUAACACCAAACUUCUGGAAAUUGCCAAUCAUUUAUAGUAAAUUUUAAAAAAAUUGAAACAAUCUGCAUGUAAAUGAAAGACAGCAUACGUAUAGACAGUAUGUACACAGUGGACCCUUAAUGCCCUGCAGGAUACAUAGAAUGAACAGAGUCUGGUUCUGAAUGGGGUAUAUAAGAAUUCUGAAAUGGUAGUCACAAGCUCUUAUAUUUGAAUUAAAAGAAUAUUACAUAUGUACCAACAGAUCAAAUAACAGGAGGAGCAAGAACACUACCUCUGAAAUAAAGCUCAAUCAUAUUUUCAAUGCAUUCAUAUAGUAUCAUUUAUUAAUUCCUAAUGUUGCUGUCAAAACCAGAUCAAUUGAAGUAACACCAUUUAAAAUAUGCAAGCCAUUUCUCAGAUUGAAUAAUUUGUGAGUCAGUCCUGGUCAAUACAAAUAUGCUGAACCAUCCAGAAAUAUUAAUGAAACUGGAUGAACACAGGUAUGGCCCAUCUGUAAAACCUUGGACUAAGCUGUCAGGAGAAGGUGAGUGUUGAACCACAUCAGUGUUGUCUCUACCCUGGAUUCAACAUCUGAAAGCAUUAAAGCAGCACAGCAUUAAAUAUCACAUGAUGAUUCAUUCAGCCAUGAAUUGCAUGUAUAUGUUCAUGUUGAUAUGAAGACACAAGUCACAUCUUUUUGAAAUGCCUGCAUGGCUCUUCCUGCUGAAGUACCCAAAUUCCAGCUUUAGUUAAUAUGCUGGUCUCCUUUCCUGUAUUUCCUGUGAAAUACAGAAAAAACAGUUAUUUUGUAGAUAAGAAGGACAAGGACAAUGUUGGACAAGGUCCAACUACUAGGACUAGGUCCCAAACAUAUUUAGGAACCUAACUGCUGUUGAGAUCACAACCAUAGAAAAUUUUAGAGAAGGUUGAUAAAAUAGUUUCAGGGAUAGAAUAAAGCUAAAUUGAACAACUAAAACAUCUUCAGUGAUGCCCCAGAUGUUGACCAGUCACAGGAAUUUUGUAUUUAAAGGAAUUUAAUGAGGGGCUUGAUUUUCAGGUCACAAACUUCUUCCUAAAUUGUCUAGUCAUUAUUAACUGUAUCAUUAGCAAGUUAUAAACUGGAAUGGAAUAAGUAAAGAAGAGAUAUGUAAGUUUAUGUCUCUUCUGCUUUCUUCAGUCUUAGAAUUGUAGAAUGGUACAGAUUACAGGGAACCUUAAAAAUCAUGGGGUUCCAACCUCCCUGCCAUGGGCAGUGACACCUUUGGCUAGACCAGGUUGCUCAGAGCCCCAUCCAGCCUGGCCUUUCAAAUAAUAAUAACUGCUUGUGGAACACCUAUUAGAAUGAUCUCUUAUCAGCUGCUCUCUGAAGU